CUCUUCCCGGGGUAAGCAAGAUAAGAUCCAAGACAUCUGCCUGCGAAUGGCUCGAGAUCGUGCCGCCGGCUUCUUGGGCCUCGAACACAUGGACAUUGCCGAUGGUCACUACGCCGUUCAUUUUGCGCAGAUGGAAGCAACGGUGGUAUCUCAACUGGUGCACGUAAAGGGUCUUGAAUCAGAUCACACAUUGAUUGUUGAGUCCCGAGAAACAUCCAGAGAACUCGAACACAUCGGAAUUUUCCGCCAA